AUGGGCCAUCGUCAGCUUGUGAACACAUGUACACAUUAGGCAGUAACCCGCCCAGGCUUUUCCGGAUGGCGUCUGACGAAGGCAUUCUGCGUGUAGAGAAGGCUCUUGGCUACUCGUUUAGAGUCAAGGACUAUCUAAAACAAGCACUGGUAGCAGCUGGGGCUGAUCCGAUGUGGCCCGACGGCAAUAGGAGGCUUGCCCAGGUCGGAAUUACCGUUAUAGAUCUCGUCUCUCUCCAAAGAAGCUUCCGAGAAGGUGCUAGCCGAGCAUCGUCUCAAGCUUUCAGAACUGUUCAAAACAGUUUAAAAUCUCUCGCAGCGAUCGCGGCUCGCAUGGGGAUACAGGACUACAUCACAUACUCGACGCGUUCUGGGGCCAAUGCUCCGAGCGUACUGGCCAAGUCGGUUUCGGCCCUUAUUGGUGCUGUCUUUAUGGAUUCGUUUGAUAUGAAGGAGGUGGAUCAAAUGAUCCAACGGUUAACGGCCACGCAGAAUCGGUGUAAUGACACCCUGGUGUCACCUACAUUAGACGUGACAGUACACUUCCCCGCGAGCCAUCGGCAGGGGAGCCGCACCAGCGGGACCACCCAGCUUGAACUAGGCUUUAGCCAAAGCGACAACUACAACGCCUAUGAUGGCGGUGGAUCCCGUGCUGAACCUUCCGAGAACGGCCUGGGUGCUUUCAGCCAAGGCUCGUAUGAUUUCCAAGGGAAUCCGAGCAUAGGAAUUCGCCAUUCCGCCAACAAUUCCUACUCCCAGCAGCCGAGAUUGCCACACCUACAGAAUAACUACCCUGGACGUCUAUUCGCCGCGGACCACUCGGAUCGAUCGUCCACCGCGGCGGCAGAGCAUCGAUACGACAAUCCCCCCGAUCAAAUGGGUGGACUGGAGCCGGCCAUACAGGGCGAAGGAGACACGCGGGAAGCAGACUCGGCCAGGGCCCAGGUCCCACCAAGCGAAGAACAGAAUCCUCGCGUACUAAGCAUAGUUGCCGCCCAACCUCUUCUGGGGUCAGCCAGCAUCAGCCCUAGGCGGAACUCAUCGGAGCGAUCCCAGGCAAUGGCUCAACACCUAUUUAGUGCAAGUUCGGUUCUCGGUCUACGACGAAUCAUACGGAGUUGGCGAGAAAAGGGCACGGCGUUGCCACCUCUGUUAGCAACGUCCGUGUUGGAGAGAUUGCAAGCGAUCGCGACUCUCGACCAAAAAAUAGCGUUUUUCCAGUUGCUGAGGCGGUAUCAAAUCUUGAGGUUGUACGAAGACGUAGGCGGCCACACCACAGGCACGGCGAGCAGAGAAGUGGUCAUGACUUCGGCAAGCUUCACGCUGGAAAAACAAAAGCCUGGAAACCCUCUUCUACUUGCCGAGGCCGAGACUACGAAACUCAUGAUGCGCCAGAUGGGAUUGUCCGUCAGUCCCCAAUCCCCGGGGUAUAGGGGCACCUACAACAACAUGAGUCGGCUGCGGAGGCUCGGCCGCCGCCUGCACCUGAUGGUUAGGAGAUUUGAUAUCGGAAUCUUGGCGUUGCUAGACUUGAACUCAGAAAACGGCGAGUUUGGCAAUGCAGAUGCGAGGAUCCUCCAGCUGUCGGAUUCCGAGUUCCAGGAGGGCAUCUCCCUUGUCGACCUGUCGCAGAGCGAGCACCCGCACCGCAUCGCCAGGACGGCCGCGCGCAUCGUAAACGCGCUCAUUCGGGAGGACCCGGCUCGCGUCCCGCCUUUCCGGAUCGAACUAGCCACACCCGAACAGAUCAUCAAGACCGCAGGCUCCGAACAAUUAUCGGAUCUCUUCGAUGACGAGUGGCGAGCCUCUCCAGAUGCAACUUCUGUCGUUCAUACCUGGACGUCGUCUUCGUCGCCGCCAACACUGGGCUAAUGCGAUUAGGAUUUAGAUACUACGUUAUUACUCUAUCAACUUCUUGGAGCGACGCAGCACAAGCCGUCCUGAAGGCGAAUGGCACUACUGUUCCUCAUAUCGGUGGUGGUAGUUAGCAGGAUUUCAUUCAUCAUAGAAUAACAUAGUCCCCUGAAUCAACUUGAUGGGUUGACAAUGUGACAACGUGUAUUGUUUGAUAUACGGCUGAAUUUAUCGUUCAAGGCUUCUCAUUGAAAUUUCCAGCUAGGGGAUCGUGUGUGAUCUAUAGUUAAGGCGCUACGACACUACUGUCGUGAAGAAAGUUAUGAGCUUCAGGGCGACGGAUGAGUUGAUUAGGCGUUAACCAGAUGUUAUGCAGUGGUGAUGUGGUUAGUGGGCG